AAAAUAAAGCACUUAAAAUUCAGACAGGUGGAGAGCCAGAUGUGGCUGAAAGAGUGGAUCUAGAAGAGCUGAUUCAGUGUGCAACUGGUAAAAUGGAGCUUUAUGCAAGAACUGACCCUUCUGAGCAAGUCGAGGGAAAAUUAGAUCCUUUUGGGAAGGAUUCAGCAAAGCCCACCCCUCCAGGGUGAAGUUACAGCCACAUCCUCAAAGGCCACUGGUCAAUUUCCCAGCUUCUGCAGUAUCUGAAUGGUCUCCCAACAGAUCUCCUAGUACUUACAGGUCACAGGACGAUGGAAGCCCCAGAGGAGCCUGUGGGAUUCUUCCGGAACAGAGGAGACCAGUAAGUGAAUAGGGACCUAAUCUGCUUUCUAUCUGUAUGGAUUUGCCUAUUCUUGAUAUAGCAUAUAAAUGGAAUCAUGCAAUAUGUACCCCUUUGUGCCUGGCUUCUUUCAGUUAGCAUAAUAUAUUUGAGGUUCUUCCAAGUUGUAGCAAUCUACAUUGAUUCUAUAGCCAGGCAUGAGUACUUUCUUUUUAUGGCCUAGUACUAUUCCACUUACGUACAUAUAACAAUUUAUUCCUCUAUUUAUCCAUUGAUAGAUAUUUAGGUUGUUCCCAUCUUUUGGCUGUUACAGAAAAUGCUGCUUUAGGGAGUAUAAUUUUAAAGUUUUCUGUGUUUCCAACUGACAAAGAUUAAAAAUAUUUAUAUUUUAAAUUUCUUUGAUUGUUAUAAGAUUUAUUAUUUGUACCAGCCACCAGUAAAUACGUUCAUGGAAACUCAGAUUCCAGUAGGAAUUUUCUUGUUCAGAUUAAGAUUUGGAAUCUGGCUGAACAAGACUGUGGACAAGAGCAGCCAUUUUGAUGAUGGCCAUCAACCAGUGAAUCUAAAUAUGUUCUGGGAACUUUUUGUCUGAUCCUGUGUUAAGUGCUAUAGAUGGUGGGACUUCCAAAAUAAGCAUAAAGAAGAGUUAUUACUUUACCCCACCCAUUGCCCCAGCUCCAGAACCAUUUAUUCUGCAGAAUUGCAUGGGGUACAAGAAAUAUGAGUUUCUUUUUAAGCUAUUUUUUAUGAACCUCUUCAUUUUUAAACAUCUCUUAUGAGGCAAAUGAUCCUUUCAUGCAUUAUCACAGUGGUUGCAAUCCCACAAAAUUUCUUAGCCUCAAAUUUGCUAGACAGAAUAGCCUUUAGCCAUUAUCACAUUUGCAGAUUUCUGGGCAGCCAUAUUUCCAAUGUUUACUUUCCAUGUGUUAAUGGAAAUUGUAAGCUGCUUCUUAAAAAUUUAUUUUAGGCUGGAUGUGGUGGCUCCUGCCUGUAAUCCCAGCACUUUGGGAGGCUGAAGUGGGAGGAUCGAUUAGGGCUAGGAGUUUGAGACCAGCUAGAGCAACAUAGCAAGACCUCAUCUGUAAAAAAUUUUAGAAAUUAGGAAGGCAUGGUGGCACACAUCUGUGGUUCCAGCUACUCAGGAGGUAGAAGUAGGAGGAUUGCUUGAACCCAGGAGUUAAAGGCUGCAGUGAACUAUGAUUGCACCACUGCACUCCAGCCUGGGUGACAAAGUGAGGCCCUGUCUUUAAAAAAAAAGAAAAAAAAUCAUAGGCUGGGCACGGUGGCUCAUGCCUGUAAUCCCAGCACUUUGGGAGGCUGAGGCAGGAGAAUCGCUUGAACCCAGGAGGUGGAGGUUAUGGUGAGCCGAGAUCACGCUAUUGCACUCCACCCUGGGCAACAAGAGCAACAUUCCAUCUAAAAAAAAAAAAAAUAGCAAUUAGGAUCACAUUUAAAAUCUUAUUAUGUAGUGGUUUUCUCUCCUCUCCUCUCCUCUCCUCCUUUCCCCUCCCCUCUCUUCUCUUCUAUUCUCUCUUUUUUUUUUUUUUUGAGACAUAGUCUUGCUCUGUCGCCCAGGCUGGAGUGCAGUGGUGUGAUCUUGGCUCACCGCAACCUCCACCUCCCGGGUUCAGGUGAUUCUCCUGCCUUGGCUCCUGAGUAGAUGGAACUACAUGUGCGUGCUGCCACACCCGGCUUUUUUUUUUUUUUUUUUUUUUUUUUUUUUGUAUUUUUAGUAGGGAUGGGGUUUCACCAUGUUAGCCAGGAUGAUCUCAAUCUCCUGACCUCAUGACUCCCCUGCCUUGGCCUCCCCAAGUGUUAGGAUUACAGAUGCGAACCACCGUGCCUGGCCUGGUUUUCUUUUACAUAAGCCUCUUCCUUUGUUGAAACCAUAAGAUCUUCCUCACAGUGGAGAAUCCUGAAAGCUCCCAGCAGCCAGCAAUGAAUGAAAGGUGGGGGCAGGGCUGCCAGCAGGGCGGGGCCUGGUGAGCCAGGUGCCUAGGCUCCCACAUCACAAUGGGGGCGGGGGCGUGUGGAAGGGACUCUGGGCCUGAUUGGUUCCUGGCAACCAGGAGGGAGCUCUGGCUGUUGGCAGGGCAACCUCCUUCAGUUGGUGGGAAGCAGUGGAAGGAGGAGGAGCUCCGUCUGUGCUCUCUUCUCCGCAAUUACAGCUUGUUGCGUCUGGACCCAUUCUAAAUAAACCAAGCAGGUUCCCAAGGGACCCUUGCAGACAAGUCAGCUCAGGGGAGGCAUCUGAGGCAAGGUGCAGGCUGCUAGUGGGGUGCAGCCCCACUGCCAGGGGCUGGCCCUGCCAGCGUACCUUUGCUGGGAAGAGGUGGAAGCGCUGAGCUCUGCAGACUUGGAAGCAAGGGAAGGCCAAAGCUGCUGGAGAGGAGCCGAGCUACCCCAUGGGGAACAUGCUGAGCUGCUGCUUGUGCACCAAUGCCAGCCCCAAGCGGGGCCAGCACAGGAGGUCUGGGGAGCUGUCCUGCAGCGCUGACAUCUAUGAGGCAGCGUCAAGCAAAGGUGCGGGCCAAGGCAGAGAGGAGUGGAGCCGCUACAGAUGGAACAUGCUGCUCCCUAAUGCCAGCCCCAAGCAAAGAACAGCGCAGGGUGCGGUAGGUGGAACCACUCUGCAGCUAUAACAUCAUGGAGGUGGAGGUGGCAGUAGCACCACACCCCACUGCUGUGGAGCCUGCCCCGUCGGAUUUCGGAGCCCAAGAGGGCCAUGACCUGCAGCACAUCAGCGACCAGGAGAUGCCCAAAUAUUUUGCUUCUGACCAUCCAAGGGAAAGCACACUCUUCCUGAGAAAAUAUCAAAUGAGUGUGCAAGAAAAGAGGAGGAGCUCUCACCUAUAUUAUAUACCUCCAUGGGUUCUUGAUAGAAAAUACAGCUCAUGUUCGACCAUAUUGCUAGAUAACAGCACAGUCAGCCAGCCUGAUCUUAGACACACAUUAGAAAAUGUGACUUUGGCAAUAUAUUACAACAUAAAGCACAGAUCUGCAAAUAGAUCUCUGGCUAUUUUUGAAGAGCCAAUACAUCCACUUUCAGAAGAGAAGGCUCCAGGGAAAUCCUUCGAGCAUGAUCCCAAAUGCAACUGUAUUUUCAGAUAUUUCUGUACUGUUUUUCUAGUCAUAAAACUAGCAACUCCAUGUGCAAUCGUAGCUUUGGUGUACAUUGAACAACUUCUAACUAAUGCUAACAUCGAUCUUUGUCCUACUAAUUGGAAAAAGAUUGUCCUUGGAGCCAUGCUUCUUGCCUCUAAGGUUUGGAUAAAUCGUGGUCUGUGGAGUGUGGAUGACAGCCAGAAUCCCAAGGACAUUGCAGUUGAGAACAUGUUUCAUUGUGCAGAUAAAGGAAAUAGGCAUAAGACAACAGACUUCUCUCUAUCCAGCUUUAGUGUAACAGUUUAUAUUUUCCGGCAUUCAUGGGUAGGUCUUGAUGUGUUAUUGUUGUAAUAACCUCCUGGAUAAACUGAAAAGUAUUUUUCUGAUUGUUUUUUGGCAAACCUCUUACAGGUGUACUAUGAGAAUGACACAGUACAGUAAAUAUCUUUAUAGGUUUUUAGAAGCUAUCUGCCAGUUUCAGUCCCUUUUUAAAGGGCAGACAUCUGGCCUUUGAAAUAAUUGGCCACUGUUAAGGUCUUAAGGACUCUGGACUAUGGAGAAGUUUUAGCUUCAACCUAAGUCCCCCAUUGUGUAGUUGCUUUUGCUGGUCCUUUCCUCUCCCUUUUAUCUGAAGAUCUUUUUUUAUAGGAACCUUGAGAUAUGAAGUUAAAUAGCCAUAGAUUCCUGUGCCCUAGCCCCUCCCUACUGGGAGUGUUGCGUGUGUUUGGAAAUCAGCCUGAUGAGUUAGAACCUCCAACGUUCGCCUGUGGUGUGAAAAGCAUUUCUGGGGCAUCUCCCCAUGCCCACCACACUCACAAGGCUCCAUGGGUACUCAGACAUCUGCAGCAGCACUCUGGGGUCUGGAGUUGCCCAUGACAGUGCAAGGAGCCUUGCAGAGGCAUGGGGUUCCUCCCAGAUGCACCAACACCACACAGCUUCACCAGGACUCCCUUCCAAUCCGGCCUCAUGACUGCUGUGAAGGGACGGGCCCUGGAGCUGGCAGGCAGGGUGAGCAGGGAGGUGUUUCCAGCAGAGCCUUCCUGGGUGCCCGCUGGACAGGACAGCUGUGCAGGCUGCAUCUGUGCAAGACAAGGGAGCAGCUCUUGUUCACAUUGAGCAGCAGCAGCCCAUCAAGAUCAUUCCAGGCAGUGGCACAAGUUAGUUUUGUGACCUUUGUCCAUGACUCCAGAUAAUACUAUCAUUCUGAAUCACCUCAGUGUAUGUCUGCAAUUGAAGAUACAGUGUCUAUUGUAGAUAUACCUCAGUGUGUAUCUACAUUCAAAAAUGACCCCUUUGCGGCUGAGCUUAGUGGCUCAUGCCUGUUAUCCCAGCAUUUCAGGAGGCUGAGGUGAGUGGAUCGCUUGAGCUCAGGAGUUGAAGACCUGCUGAGUAACACAGCGAACCCCAUCUGUACAAAUUUUUUUUUAAAAAUUAUCUAGGCAUGGUGGCAGGCAACUGUAGUAAUCCCAGUUACCUGGGAGUCUGAGGUGGGAGAAUUGCCCGAGCCUGGGAAGUUGAGGCUGUAGUGAACUGUGAUCACAUCACUGCACACCAGCCCUGGGUGAGGGAGCCAGACCCUGUCUCGAAAACAAAAAAAAAAAUCUAUUUUUGCCACCACUUUGCUAACAGUAUAAACCAAGUGAUCGUGGUGGUAUUUCUGGUAGCCAUUUUAGCAAAGAGUGUGACCACAAAUGAAUUUGAAACUAACGGAAGUACUUUGGAAGUUGCAAACACUAAAGUAGCCUUGAUCAUAGUCAUCCAUUUGAAAACUGGUCCCUUGAAGGAAGCAAGGUUUGUGACUGCCUGAGUUCUCCUUGCCUGCUGCAUAGCCAGAGCUGAUUUAUUAAGACAGGGGAUUGCAAUAGAGAAAGAGUUUAGUUCAUGCAGAGGCAGCUGUACGGGUGACCAGUUUUACUGUUACUCAAAUUAGCCUCUCCAAAAACUCUAGGAUGGUUCUUUAAAGAAUAAUUUGGUGAGUAGGGGGUCAGAAAGUGGGGAGUGCUGAUUGGUCGCAUCAGAGAUGGAAUCAGAGAGGGUUGAAGCUGUCCUCCUGCACUGAGUUGGCUUCUGGGUGGGGGCCACAAAACAAGAUGAGCCAAGUUUGUUGAUUGGAAUGGUGCCACCUGAUCCCAGUACAGGGCCUGCAAAAUAUCUCAAGCACUGAUCUUAGGUUUUACAAUAGUGAUAUUAUUCCCAGGAGCAAUAUGGGGAGGUUCAGACUCUUGCAGACUUCAGCUGCAUGACUCCUAAACCAUAAUUUCUAAUCUUGUGGCUAAUUUGUUAGUCCUGGAAAGGCAGUCCAGUCCCCAGGCAGGAAGCAGGUUUGUUUUGGGAAAGGGCUGCUACUGUCUUUGUUUCAGAGUUAAACUAUAAACUAAGUUCAUCCCAAAGUUAGUUUGGCCUCUGCCUAGGAAUCAACAAGGACAGCUUGGAGGUUAGAAGUUAAUUCAGUAAUUCAAGUUAUAUAUAUAUAUAUAUAAUUCAAAUAUAUAUAUAAAUUUCUAUAGACUUAUCGACAUGUGAACAGAAAAUUAAUUUUGGAAGUAGGUUCAGCUGGGUUUUAAGUUCAGCAAAUUAGAUCACCACAUCUUGGCUCGUGGUCUAACUGUCCCCCCUUACAGGUGAACAUCAAGCAUUUGUUGACUUAGCCACUGGGUAAAAUAUUAAAAACUUUCAAUAAAAUAUUAAAAACUUUCAAACCAAGAAACCAAAUGUAUUGUUCAGAUACUGCUCAUUUUUAAGCAAUUAACUCAUUACAGAGGUUACUCUGAAAACAGCCAGAUUUACUCUGUGUACCUAUUAAUUUAGCCUUGGUGAGGGCGGCUGGAUGAUCACGUGGCAGAGGACAGCUCCCAGCCCUUUCAUCUCCCACUGUAUUCAACUCCUCCAAAUCCCAUUCUGGCCAGGGGUCACAGAUGCUGAGCACUUCAAGGUUGCAUUCCCAACUCAGGAGCAAGACUGCGUGUAUAAGGCCAGGGCCCUACUAGAAAUCACAUCAUAAAAUGGGUUUAGUCUAGCCAAAAUGUCUCUCCUUGAUUUUUCUGCCUUUCAAACUUUAAAGAAUAUCCUUGCCCUGUCAUAGUGGCAGUUUCAACUCUUCAUAAUACUAAGGUGAGCAGAAACUUGCAUUAUGCCCCCUUGACAUAGCCUUGCGGGCUGGAGCAGAGGGAAGGGGAUUCUUUUUGCCAUGGAAUGUAGCUUGCUUAUGUAUUUAUUUGGGAUGAAUCCUUCUUGUAGCCUUAGAGUUUUUCCUCCUCUGAGAUAAUAGGGUGUCUCUCCAUGGGUCCAUUUGUUGCCGUGGUGAUGCACCCAGUCCUCCUGUUGGUGCUUCUCUACUUCAGUUAGCCCCUUCCUGUUAUCGUCCUGGUAAAAAUGCCUGGAGGUCCUUCAGAGCUAAUAAAUGGCACCCAUCAUUCCCGUCAUGUGAUUGCUAUUGCAGGGCUUGUGAGUGAGAAUGGAGUUUGAGUUGUGCAACUGCCCUAAGGGAACUCUGAAGAAUGAGCCCCGAGUCCACAGCAGGCGUGCAGAAGAGGCUUCCACCUUUCUCUCAUCCCAAACUUGGGGUGCUGGGAUGCAGAAGACACCCCAAGCAGCUGUGUCUUGUUUGGACAUUAGUGUAGGAACCCGACCAGGCAGCCUUUAUUUGUUUCAAAACAUAAUUUAGAGCAUCCUAGUAGCUCAGAAUGGUAUUUUUAAAGAUAACCCACUUGACUAGAAUUGUCCUAUAUUGGUUUUAAUGUGUUUCUCCUCCCCUAGGGGCAAGAUGGAGAAGUGUUUCUUAGAGCUACUUGAGUUUAAUAUUCAUGUAUCUGCCAGUGUCUAUGCAAAAUAUGACUUCGAUCUGUGUGCCUUGGCAAAUGAC